ACUGACUCCGGGGUCCUGUCCCUUUAAGCCGGUGCGGAAGUGAACACACAUCUGAUGUAAGUUGUGUGUAGAAGGUCAGAGCUUCAAUCCGGUUCAUGUCAAUGCUUCGCUUUUCAAACCAAACCGGUUUCCUGGGUUUGUACUUUACCAGACGAGCUCUGCACACACGCUGCCGCUGAACCUGCUGACAGCCGCUCACUCCCGGGACUUCGCUCGGUAGUUGGACGAAGUUGACAUUUUGAAUUUCAUUGAUUCUGUCGCCUCUGUCCUUCCUCGCUCAUGUCUGCGGCCAAAUGCACUCGGUUGACCGGGGCGCUGGGGAAGCAGCUGCUGGAGUCGGUGGACAGCGUCCUGUUCGACUGCGACGGGGUGAUCUGGCGCGGGGAGCAGGCCAUCCCCGGAGCCUCCGAGGUCAUCCACCUGCUGAAGGAGCGCGGCAAGAGGGUCUUCUUCGUCACCAACAACAGCAGCAAGACCCGGAGGAUGUACGCCGACAAGAUGUCCAAGCUGGGCUUCGACGUGCGGGAGGAGGAGGUGUUCGGUACCGCGUACUGCUCCGCCGUGUACCUGAAGACGGUGUGCGAGCUGCGGGGGAAAGUCUACCUGAUCGGCAGCAGAGCCAUGGAGCAGGAGCUGGAGGCCGUAGGGAUCCAGCAGACCGGGGUGGGACCGGACCACGUCUCCGGGAAGCAGGCCGACUGGGCCAACGUGCCCCUGGACCCCGAGGUGAAGGCGGUGGUGGUCGGCUUCGAUGAGCACUUCAGCUACAUGAAGCUGAACAGAGCCCUGCAGUACCUGAGCCAGCAGGGCUGUCUGUUCGUGGGGACCAACAGGGACACCAGGCUGCCCCUGGAGGGAGGCAAGGCAGUCCCAGGUACAGGCUGCCUGCUACAGGCCGUCGAGACUGCCGCCCAGCGCCAGGCCCAGACUGUCGGCAAACCCAACCACUUCAUGUUCGACUGUGUGGACUCCCAGUUCAGCGUGGACCGCAACCGCUGCCUGAUGGUGGGCGACCGCCUAGACACUGAUAUAUUACUGGGCUCCAACUGCGGCCUGAAGACCCUCCUCACCCUCACAGGGGUCAGCACGGUGGCUGAUGCUGAGGCCCACCAGAAGAGCGGUUGUGCAGAGAGGCAGGGGAUGGUUCCGGAUUAUUACGUGGAGAGCAUCGCAGAUCUCCUCCCAGUUCUGCAGGGAUGAGAGCGCCCCUGGUCUGUCGAGCAGAAGAGUAGCUACGUGAUAGCCUAGCUGCUGCACAUCUGAGGAAGUUGGGUAGCCUGUCACACGCCAGUGUUCAUCGUCAUUAAAGCUGCUUUCAGACUGGUGCUGAAGUCUGGAUAUUUUGCUGGGAUUUUGCGCAGGAUCUGUACGUGAGAAUUCAAAUGUCAGAGUCAGUUGCUCUGGAUAUUUUCUGGGAACUGAGUCCAUUUGAGAAUGCAGCAGGAAAAUUUCCAGUGAGCAAGUUUGCAUGUUGAUGAAGAUGAGAGUCAAGAGCCUUUACCGGCAUGUUCUACGUUGACGCCACCUCGUCUGCUCCUGACAUUUCCCUGUUGUUUUUUUCCUGCUGCGUUCUUCGUAUGUAAACGGCAAAAUCUUGAUAAAUAUGUAGACUUAAUAUUCCGAACAUCUCAUGAGGUCAUGUAUAAAAGUGGCUUAAUAUUCAGAACAUCGCUACAACAAACUCACAACUGUUGUGUGACAGAGGAGACAAAAAAAUAUUCUAGAGCGGCUACCCAGAGUUCGUCAGCACUUUUGUCGUUUACUAAACCAUUACAUUAUAUAAGUAAAGGAUUUAUAACAUGAAAAAAUUGACUUCCAGUAUUGUUUCAAUGCAAUUUUUAAGUGUUAAAUGGAAGAGUAUGUAGUUUUGGUUCCUUUUUUGGGUCAAGGAGAGAGGUGGUGUACUUUGAAAGACCUGAUCCUGUGUGUGGUGCAAUCUCGCCUUAAGCAACAUGUCAAAAUCAAGAAGGGAAAUAAGCAAACACACAGUUUCAAUAGUUCGGUGAAACGUGUGCAAGCAGAUAAUACAACUAAAAUGCACUGACCCUUUAUGACUUGAGCUUUGUAUAUUUCAACACCUCAACAGAUUGUGCUCAUAUUUGCUUUUACACUCAUGGAAUUUUGAAAUUAUAUCCAGUCCUUUUUGUCUGUCAAGUUAUUAUUGAUAGAUUUAAGAUCAUCUGUCUUCCUUUUUACCGUCCACUCUCUGUUCCUCCUGCUUUCACUGAAAUCCAGUCUGUAAUAAAACAUAAUCUGUC